UCCACCUCACGUAAUGGUGCAUGGAAAGCAGCCUCCUUACACUUUCUCAGGAAAUUUAAUAGAAUUUUUCGAUAUCUUAUCAGAAAUUCUCGGGGUUUGUUACGAGAUCGUAAUUCCACAAGUGGGAAACUAUGGUCAUCUGUUAUCAAAUGGCACCUGGACCGGUCUCAUUGGUAUGAUGAAUAGGUCGGAGGCCGACCUUUGUUCCCAGGCGGCCAUCACGCCGGAAACAUAUGAGGCAUUAGACUACAGUGAAUUUCUCUAUGGGGACGAUGUUGUGCUCGCUUUCAAGAGGCCGGAAUUGGAACCAGAUUUAACAGGCUUCGUGAAACCUUAUACCGGCCUAAUGUGGGCGCUAAUGUUCAUCUCAGCAUUGGUUGUGUUUUUGGCCAUGUGCAUCGUAUACGAUCAGCACUCACGCUUAGUGGCUACUAGGUAAGUGAAUGCCCUCCUUUCCCGU